AGACUAUGGGUUUAAGCACUGAGGUCAGUAGUUAGUGGUGGUGUUGUACUGGACUACAUUUCUGCCCCUCUAAUAUAUGUAAAAAUUGAGGACAAAAAUUAGGCACAGCUCUGAGUAAUCCUGUACAAUACCAUCAACUAUGAGCUCAGUGAUAAAUAGACGGUAUAAUGCCAAUGUCAACAAAACCUGGUAAUGUCCCUACGCGUUAUCACUUCACUACGAGCUCUCUGACACUCAUGACGUUUGUCUAAUGGUUUGUCUUCGUUUCAGUCGAACACAGCAAAGAAAAAAACCCACUGAUGUGCCUCUCAGAUCAAAAAGCAUGCUGGGUUAUGUCAGCCAGUGGACCCAGGGUCAGGUCUCCACAGGGUGCCCCAUGACAUGAUGACCCAGUCCUGAGGACUGGUAUCCACAUCAGCCCAGGAAGCUCUGUAGCAGUCACUUGAAGAGAAGACGAGAGGAGACGCUCCCAAACUAACUGCCCACUGGCCUACAGGCAUUUGGAAGAAUUUUUUACAAUUGAAGAGGGAGGGAAGGAGCAAAAGUCACUGGCAGAGUCGAGAACUUUGAAUCAUUAGCCUGUCAACAGGUGGCAGAGGGAGAAGCCUGGUGAGUGGUGUCCAGUCCUCCAGAGCAACGAGAGAAAGAAAGCAGGCAGAGGAGCAAAAGGUUAAAGAAAGGCCAUGACCACUGGAAUCCUGCUGAGGGUUGUGUGCCUGCAGGCCCUUCUCUGCACCAGAUCACACUUCAGCUCUGCCGACACCCAUCCAGACCUCUCAGCCCCAGAGCAGGGAGUCACCUUCAGCCACAUCUAUAAAAUAGACAUCCCAGGGAGCUCAAGCUGUAAACUAGAGAGUCUGCCAGCCCAGGAAGCAGGUUUGCAGACAGAGACUGCUACGGAUGGAGAGAAUGACAUCAUCUUCAGACACAACAUCAGGCUGCAGACAACCAAGUGUGACUGUGAGGAGUCCGAAAGCUUCAAGUCUUUGUUGUACAGAAUCAAUGGGUUGGAAGAAGAAGUUAACUACCUAAAGGCCCAGUGUACUCAGGGAUGCUGUGGAAGAGGUGAUGCUGCAGGUGUGGACACAAGCUGCAGUGGCCAUGGCACCUACCAGCAUGACACCUGCAGCUGCCUCUGUGAGCCAGGAUGGGAAGGCUCAGAUUGCUCGGUGUCUUCAUGCCCUGACGACUGCAAUGACAACGGCCGUUGUGUGGAUGGGAAAUGUGUGUGCCAUCAGGGUUACACAGCAGACGACUGCAGCCAGCUGAUGUGUCCAGACAACUGCAAUGACAAGGGCCACUGUGUGAAUGGAAAAUGUGUGUGUUUCCCACACUUCACCGGCGAGUACUGCAGCAUACAAAAGUGCCCGAAUGACUGCAUCGGGAACGGCCAGUGUGUGAAUGGCCACUGCAUCUGUGAUGAAGGCUUUUAUGGGGAGGACUGUUCGUUAGUGUUCAGCCCUCAAGGUCUGCGGCUCGUCCAGGUUACUGACGUCUCUCUCCUGGUUGAGUGGGAGAAUGUUUCUGGGUCAGAGUAUUACAUUUUGACAUAUUAUCCCAAAGGUGAUAAGAGUGCCCUGCAACAGGUUCAGAUUCCCAACACAAAGAACUCCUACCUCAUCACAGGACUGACUCCGGGGGUCACCUACAUUGUCCAGGUGUAUGCUGUCAUCAAAGAAAUCCAAAGUGAAGCAGACAGGAUCGAAGCCACCACAGAUGUCUCAACUAUCAAUGAUAUAAGAGUUCUUGGCCAGACAGAAGUUUCUAUUCGAGUGGACUGGAAGAACCCACCAGCAGAGGUAGAUCACUUCAGGCUCACGCACACUGACCCAGCAGGGCUGGAGGAGAAGCAGAACGUACAGAGGAGCCAAGAGGCACGCACAAAACACACUAUUGUGGGUCUGUAUCCAGGGACAGAGUACCUGAUCUCAGUGCAGGCUGUCAAAGGAGACAGUGAGGGAAAACCUUCCUCCGUCACCGGUGCUACAGACAUUGAUGCUCCAACGAACCUUGUUACCACCGAGGUAACAGAAGACACUGUAACAGUUUCAUGGGAUCGAGUCCAAGCAGAAAUAGAUGGCUAUAUAUUGAGCUACACCUCUUCUGAGGGCUCCAGUUGGGAGAUCCCUGUAGGACGUGAUAGCAGUUCAUACAAGCUGAUUGGCUUGAGGCCUGGAGUUCUCCACACCAUCUACAUCUGGGCUUUCAAGGGAGACAAAGUCAGCACAAAGAGUUCAAUAGAAACUGAAACAGAGCUGGGCACCCCUACUAACGUCUUGGCCCAAGAUGAAACCGAGUCCAGCUUCAGGGUUUCCUGGGAUAACGCCCAGGCAGAAAUUGAUGGCUUCGUCCUAACCUACAGCUCUUCUGAGGGCUCAAGUGAGGAAAUCCUACUUGGGUCUGACAGUACUUCACACAUGCUGACUGGCCUGAGCCCUGGGGUCCUCUACACUGUCUACAUCUGGGCCAUCAAGGAGAACAAGGCCAGCAGGAAGGUCUCAACACAGGCUGAGACAGAACUGGAUGCUCCUGCUAACCUCCUAGCUCAAGAUGAAACUGAGUCCAGCUUCACUGUGUCAUGGGAUCCAGUCCAGGCAGAAACUGAUGGUUACAUCCUAACCUACAGCUCUUCAGAGGGCAAUAGUGAGGAAAUCCCAGUUGGGUCUGGCAGCACCUCUUACAGCCUAACUGGCCUGAGGCCUGGAGUUUUCUACACCGUCUAUAUCUGGGCCAUCAGGGGGAACAAAGUCAGCAAGAAGAUUUCAACUAACGCCGAGACAGACAUUGAUGCCCCUAAAGGCCUGAAGGUUACAGAUGUGACACUGGAUUCAGCUGUUUUGACUUGGACUCCUCCUCUGGCUGAUAUUGAGGGCUACACCCUUGCGUACAGAGAUGAAGCAGGCAACAUGGAGACUGUUGAAAAGCAGCUUGGAGCCCCACAGAAGACUUUUGCUGUCUCCAGUCUGAAGAUGGGGACAAGGUACAUUGUCACCAUCAUUGCCUACAGGGGCAACAAGAGGAGCAGAGUGAUAGAGACCAUCUUUAAAACAGUUGGCCGCUUGUACCCCUUUCCCAUGGACUGCAUUCAGACCAUGAAGAAUGGCAACAAAAAGAGCGGCAUGUACACUAUUUAUAUUAACAACGACCAGUCCAAACCAACUGAGGUUUACUGCGACAUGGACACGGAUGGAGGCGGCUGGCUGGUAUGAAUUAUUGUUAAGACAAAUCGGUAUUGUUAAAAAAUCAUUUUUUAAAUAGUGUUCCAUAAUAUUGAUGAUACUGUUUAUUUACAGUAAUGUCUCUUCUGUUGGCAGCAUCUUGCUCAUCACAAGGGGGCUC